AUGUUAAGAAGCAUAAUAAGAGCUGCUCCAUUAAGAAUUGCUACUAAGCAUUACUCUACUGUUAUGAGACAGAGUGGUGUUUCCUUAGCGAGUAGAACAAUUUAUUGUUGUACUAAAAACAUUGUUCCGGUUUCUACCCAAUUUCAAAGGUUACAAUAUAUUCGUCUUUACUCCGAAGACACUAAAAGUGGUUCUACUUUAAACAAAGAUGAAGUCUUAAAGAGAAUUAAAGAUGUUAUUAAGGCUUUUAAUAAGAAUACAGAUGCUGAAAAAAUUAGCUUAGAGACAGCUUUUAAUAAGGAUUUAGGAUUAGAUUCUUUAGACACUGUUGAAUUAUUAGUUGCUAUUGAAGAAGAAUUUGAAAUUGAAAUUCCAGAUAAGAUUGCUGAUGACUUAAAAACCAUUGGAGAAACUGUUGAAUAUAUUUUAUCUAAUCCAGAAGCAAAUUAA